AUGUCGCUGGACAUGGACAUGUACCCCCACCUUCUGGAGGCGGUUGUGGCGGCAUCUACCAGGGACACGCUCCUCGUCCUUCGUCAAGUCUCCCAGACGACCAGACACCUGGCACACACACACCUAUUCAACCACGUCCGACUGGUCGUGCACGACGUUCAGGACAGGCAAUUCCUGGACGUCCUCUCGUCUGACUGUGCGACCUUUCUUUUACCGCGUUUCCACCUGGAUGGCGAGUACCAGAAGGAAGCCAUCACCCCUGGCUCGAGCCUGAUCAUGGAGGCGCUGAAGAAUGCUCGCAUCCUCGACGCAGAGACCUGUGAGAUCCCACUUGUGGUGGCCGAGGUGAUCUGGGACACCAGUGAUCUACCGGACAAAUGGACCUUCACCGUGCAACUCAAGAGGAACAUGAGGACAAACUGUAGCCGUCUGGCUCGUGUUCUCAUUCACGAGAUGGGCAACACCACUGCGGCCAACCAAGCGCCAGAGCCUCCGGGAUGGAAAACAUAUAUGUAUGCGUAUAGCAUGCUGGAAAUUCCGGUACUCUUGGCCGAGUACAGAUACUACAAGUGA